AUGUUUAAUCUAUCUAUCUAUCUAUUAUUACUUUUCAAUUUUCUGUCAGAAAGAAAGAUGACUUAUAUCACCCAAUGUCUUAUCUAUCUAUCUAUCUAUCUAUCUAUCUAUCUAUCUAUCUAUCUAUCUAUUAUUACUUUUAAAUUUUCUAUCAGAAAGAAAGAUGACUUAUAUCACCCAAUAUUUUAUCUAUCUAUCUAUCUAUCUAUCAAUCUAUCUAUUAUUACUUUUCAAUUUUUUGCCAGAAAGAAAGAUGACUUAUAUCACCCAAUAUUUUAUCUAUCUAUCUAUCUAUCUAUCUAUCUAUCUAUCUAUCUAUUAUCUAUCUAUCUAUCUAUUAUUACUUUUCAAUUUUCUAUCACCCAAUAUUUUAUCUAUCUAUCUAUCUAUCUAUCUAUCUAUCUAUCUAUCUAUCUAUUAUUACUUUUCAAUUUUUUGCCAGAAAGAAAGAUGACUUAUAUCACCCAAUGUUUUAUCUAUGUAUCUAUCUAUCUAUGUAUUAUUACUUUUCAAUUUUCUGUCAGAAAGAAAGAUGACUUUAUAUCACCCAAUGUUUUAUCUAUGGACAGAUCACCUUAUUGUAAAUGUUUUAUCUAUCUAUCUAUCUAUCUAUUAUUACUUUUCAAUUUUCUGUCAGAAAGAAAGAUGAAUUAUAUCACCCAAUAUUUUAUCUAUCUAUCUUUCUGUCAGAUCAUUAUCUAUCUAUAUCUAUCUAUCUAUCUAUCUAUCUAUCUAUCUAUCUAUCUAUCUAUCUAUCUAUCUAUCUAUUAUUACUUUUCAAUUUUCUUGUUGUUUAUUUGCAACGAGACUUCAUCGGACGUUGACAUUGAUGUACGGAGACAGGCCGCGAUGCGAACGCUACAUCCGGGACUUAGUAGAUGGCGUUGUUUUUUUUUUUUCUUUCGCCAGAUAGUCGAAGAAGAUUCCACUGUCUUUUCUUGGGCCUAUCAACGAGAAGCCGGGGAGAACAGUGAGGGGCGGAGAGCGGGGGAAUUGGUUGGUUGUUAUCUAUCUAUCUAUCUAUCUAUCUAUCUAUCUAUCUAUCUAUCUAUCUAUCAAUGUUUUUAG